AAGCACAAGCAACUUUCAUCGACCUCCAAGUCUGGCUCAGGCGCCAGCAGCGACGACAACGACGACAACAAGGGCACCAGGAGGAGCAGCAGGAAACGGCCUGCAAACGACACCGAUAACGACGACGACGACGACGAUAAAGACGAGGACGCCGACGCCGACGCCGACGAUGAUGACGAGGCUCAGAUUAUCAAGAGUGUCCCCGGCUUUCUCCUUGCCAAGAGCUGGAAUCCUGAAAGCGACGACCCCAAGGACUGGUUUAUCUCGGAGAAGCUUGAUGGUGUCCGGGCCAUGUGGAACCCCGUGAAGAAAUCCUUCUACACACGACUCGGCAACCCGCUCUCGGCCCCGCGCUGGUUCACCAAGGAUCUGCCCAACUUUUUCCUGGACGGCGAGCUGUUCUCGGGCCGCAGCCAGUUUGCCCAAACGGUCUCCAUUGUGCGGUCCCAGGACUCGCCGCACUGGGAUAAGAUUGUGUACCAUUGCUUCGAUGCCCCCAACCUCAGCGACAAGGUCUUUGAAGAUCGCCUCGCCGAGGCCCAGAAGUACUUUGCCGCCAAGCCCGUUUCCCAUGUCAAGAUUGUCCGCCAUGAGCCGUGCAAGUCUGUGCAGCAGCUCAAGGACAUGCUGGACCAGGUGCUCGACCGCGGCGGCGAGGGACUGAUGCUCCGCCAGCCCCAGUCGAUGUACGAGGGCCGCCGUUCGCCGACGCUGCUCAAAGUCAAGGCCUUUUACGAAGCCGAGGCCCGCGUCACUGGCCACCAGCGGGGCACCGGUCGCAACUCCUCCGUCAUGGGUGCGCUGAUGUGCGUGAUGGCUUCGGGUGCGACUUUCAAGGUCGGCACGGGCUUUACGGACGCCCAGCGCCGAAACCCGCCCAAGAUCGGCUCGAUCAUCACCUAUCGGUUCCAGGAGCUGAGCAAGAGUGGAAACCCACGCUUUCCGUCGUAUGUUGGUGUGCGCAUUGACAUGACCCAGCCUAAGGAUGCCGUCAUUCGGCUCACUCGCAAG